AUGGCAUUGUUCAGGGCAAGAAUAGCAAAUAGUUUAUACAGGAUGAUUAAUAUUAGCAGCAAAACACAUGCAGAACUUAUUGAAAACUUAAAAAAAGCAGAUAUUAUUAAGAGUGAAAGAGUCUAUAAAACAAUGCUUUCUACAGAUAGAGCGUUAUUUUGUUCAUCCAUGGCAUAUGAAGAUGCUCCACAGUAUAUAGGUUAUGGUGCAACGAUCAGUGCACCUCACAUGCAUGCAAUAUCUGCAUGUUUAUUAGAAGACUCUCUUCGUCCGGGCUCAAAGGCCUUAGAUAUUGGCUGUGGCAGUGGUUAUUUUGUUGCUCUUCUAGCAAAAAUGAUACAACCAGGAGGGACAGUGGUUGGUGUUGAACAUAUAAGGGAGCUUUCAGAACAAGCUAAAGAGAACUUAAGAAAAAUGCCAGAUACUUAUGAAAUGCUAAAAGAUGGAAGAAUCAAAAUCAUAUGUGCCGAUGGACGAUUAGGAUAUCCUGAUGAAGGACCAUAUGAUGUUUGUCAUGUUGGCGCAUGUGCAAAAGAGAUAUACCAAACAUUAAAAGACCAACUUAAAGAAGAUGGAAGAAUGGUCAUUCCUGUAGGAGAUGAAUAUGAACAAUAUAUCAUGUAUGUCUAUAAAGACAUAAAUUCACGUAUUUCAACCAAACGUUUAUCCCAGGUUAGAUAUGUUCCACUUACUGAUCUACCUAAAAAUUAUUCAUCUUUUUAA